AUGAUGGGUGAUGCUCCCUAUCCCUAUUGCCUACAUUAUUUGAUGUAUUCUUGCUAUGACUCUUACUUGAAUGGUGUUUAUUACUGGUGGUCUCCAAAUGGAAAGCUAGUUUCGUUUGACAUGGGGAAAGAGGAGUUCAGAGAGAUUGAAGGGCCACCACUUAUUCACCAAGACUCAGCCUACGAGAUCCUUGCGUUGUACAAUGGCUCUAUAGCUCUGAUUUAUUCUCAUUCACAAGUGCCAUUAGAUUCCUGGGAAUCAGCUGAGCAGUCAUCAGUUGCCCUGUGGGUAUUGAUGGGGAGGAGGAGGCAAUGGAAUGUUGGAUCAAGCAAUUAA